AUGGUAUUAUCACUGUCAAUCAUUAUUCUCUUGUUGAUUCGUACAGUCCAUGAUACUAGUUUCGAUCCAGAUACUAGAGAUUAUAACGCUUACGGUUUGAAAGUGGCUGCUAAUGACUAUCUCAUUAUUGAAGCACAAAAUCAAGAGGACACUUUCUAUAUUCAGUUCGGUCCGUAUAACAGUAACGUCUUGGAAACUAGUCAACGAUUUUGCAGCAUUUACUUUGAAAGGUCAUCUCAAUAUAUUUAUUCCGUAGCUAUUGGUAAAAAUCAAUCGUCGAAUCAAUUAUACUUCUUUUUUGUCGGUGAAAUAACAGGUAUUGAUGAAGACGAACUACUCCCGAAUCGAAUAUUUAUCGGCAUAUUGAAUUACACAGAUAGUCCAGUAGGGCCGAAUUCCAGUGCUGAUUGUAGUCUGUUUGAGUAUAAUAUUGAAUAUAUUAAUAACUCCUACAAACAUCAACAGUAUCUAACACUUGCGGUGGAACCUCUUGGAUUGGCAGCCUAUGGAUUCUGCAACGACGUUUCGUUUUCUUACGAUGCACAGACAGAGCAUUUAAGAUUAUGGCCAGGCAAUUCUUUCUGGCCAAAUUUCACGUUUAUGCCACACGCUGUGGAUUAUAAACACACGUACGGUGUAAUUGCCGGUUUUGUGGAUAACAGACACAGCUCUCGAGUUGAAUACAGUCCAUUUGUGUAUUUGUUUACCAUGAACGUGAGCACUGCGCCCACUGUGUUAGCAUCGUGGACAUACACAGUUACUGGUUCCUGGCAAGCAGGACGGACAAAUUCUGGGGCGAACCUUUAUGAUGCUAAGUAUGAUAUGUCGGUGGCGAUCAAUGAUCUUGAACAGGCUCUCGUCGGCAUUCCAUCUAUGAAUUCGGUAUUUUUGUUCUCUAUCAAUGGCUCAAACAUGAUUCUAGUGGCAUCGCAGAACAAUGGAAGAUCACUCGGCUAUGGAAAAGCCACCGCUUGGUUAGGUUUCACAGGUACUUCAGUGGCGAUUCUAGUAAAUAGUUAUACAUUCGGUUAUUCAUGGUUAUCAUCUCAAAUUUACAUCUACGAUGAUUUCACGAACACAUCGACUCCUGCGACUAUUUUCCCAAACAGCCAACAGAUUCUCUCAGAAAAUAUGGCAUCAAUAAUCCUAACUGUUGUUUCGACACCAACUCAUCUAGCUUUUCUUGACAUCAACGGAAAUAUUUUUGUUAUUUUAUCGAGUCCUGCUGGAUUUUUUUCUUCUACCGUAGGCUCGGAUGAACAGAGUGUGGCCGCAUUUUCUGAUCAAAUUCCAUGUAUAGCCGGCACCUACAAGAAUCAAACAAGUAUUCGACCUUGUUCUCCAUGCCCGACAGGUACAAAAAAUCCGGGUAAUUCUAGCAUGUCAUGCGUAACUUGCGCUCCAGGAACUUUUUGUUCAUUAGGUGCGGCUAGUGAUAUCAGUUCGAGUGCUCUUGGUGUCGUUAGUCAGGCUCGAGCUUAUCCUAAAUCUCCAGAGAAUACAGUCUUCGACGAUAUACUAAUCCAGAACAUGUUCAACAUUGGUUCCACAUCGCACUGUACCUUAGUUUCUCCCAUAUUUUGGGCUCUCAUUGUAGCCAUUUUUGCUUUUCUCAUUAUGGGUUUCAUGACUGUGUUGAAAUAUUACACGAAAUAUCCAAAAGGAGCUCUUACACAAAAAAAGUUAACAUCCAUUUUCAAACAAACUGAUUUGAUUGGGGAAGGAGAGCAGUGGAUUGGCGGACUAGUUUCGUUCUGCAUCGUUGCUCUUUUGAUUUGUGCAUACACCUUUAGUAAUGCCUAUUUUAUGCAGUAUCCUAUUGAAACAGUGGGACCAUCAAAUUUUGCCUGUGACAGGACUACUCGAAAUGCGAAAUUUGAGACAAGCCUUCAAUCGUUAGCUGUUCCAUUGACAAAGGAAGAGCAAGAAAUGUUUGAUUUAUUGGACAAUCAACAGUUUAUGUUGAAUGUCGACUUUGUCAAUACUGUUUUCUCGUGUGAUGAUGGAAUCACUGCCUUCGUUCUACUCGGAAGUUCGUGGCAAGCUCUUUCAAUCAUCUCAUGCUUAAAUUUUAACUAUAUUUUAUCGAUCAGUGUUGCGCUUCCGUACAAAGGUAUCACUGUUCGAUUUGUUCUGCCAUACAUCUACACCAUCGGUGGUCUGCGUGUCGGUCUUUCGGGUCGUGGUAAGGCAGAGACACUCAAGAAUCUUGAGUUUUAUCAAUCAUUCAAUUCAUCGGGUAAGAUGUUGGCUCAUAAUGUCGAGGUGACCAUGCAAAUAACUAAAGUCAUUAACGAAACAAUUGCUUUAGUUGGUGAUGAAACAAAGCUGAGUGGAUUGUGGAUUCCAUCGUUUACUAUCAAUCUUUACAACUCAUUUAUAUCACAGAGCGCCUAUGUUCGUCAGACGACAACUCAAACAAAUUUAACUGUAAUCAUUAGUGAGACUCCGUACUACAUUAAAAAUGAACAACAGCCCAUCGCGAAACAGCCGGAAAUCAUUUUUCAUACUUUGCUUUUCACCACUGUGGUUCUUGAGAUAUUCGGGCUCAUAUUUCUUAUAAGUAAACUUAUGUUGAUUCCUCUGCUCUCGUUUAUUGUAAAAAAAUGUCGGCAAUUAUUGAAUCAUGUAAGAGGAAAAGAGUUGCCCAAUGACAUUGAGGUACAUGAUAAACACCCGAAUAUUGAGUUGCAAGGUGAGAAUGAAAAUGAUGCUUAG